GCCGGAAACAGUGGGCUGGGGCAGCCACUGCUUACACUGAGGAGGAAGGACAGGGAGAGGAGAGAGAGAGAGAGAGAGAGAGUGUGUGUGUGUGUGUGUGUGUGUGUGUGUGUGUAUUUUUUCUUUUUGGUGGUGGUGGUGUUGGAGGGCGGGUGCUGGCAAGGCCAGCCCUGAACUCGCUGGACACAGCUACAAACCCAUGGCCUUGCAGUGCCUGCUGAAAGAGGGAGAAGACAGCAGAUGGGUUGCCAAGCUCAGCUCUUCCCACCUCGUCACCCCUGUGUCUACCACUGAAGGGGUCAUUUUUCGCAGACACUGACCUGAAAUGUCUCUGGUUUGAGGUGGCCUGGCUAUGCCCUCCAAACCCCAGAUCAUGUCUCUGUGGGGGCUGGUCUCCCAGAUGCCCCCAGAAAAACUGCAGCGGCUCUAUGUUGACUUUCCCCAUCACCUGCGGCAUCUCCUGGGUGACUGGCUGGAGAACCAGCCCUGGGAGUUCCUGGUUGGCUCAGAUGCUUUCUGCUGCAAUAUGGCCAGCACACUACUUUCUGCCACUGUCCAGCACCUUCAGGCCUUGGCCAGGAAGCCGGGGGAGGGGAGUGCCAUCUUGCAGCACAUCAACACCUUGGAGAGCAUAUAUCAGAGGGACCCCCUGAAGCUGGUGGCCAUUUUCAGGCAAAUACUUCAAGGAGAGAAAAAAGCUGUUAUGGAGCAGUUCCGCCACUUGCCAAUGUCCUUCCACUGGAAGCAGGAGGAACUCAAGUUUAACACAGCCCUGCAGAAGCUACGGCACCGAGUGGGGGAAACCCGCCUUCUCCGGGAAGCGUUGCAGCAGGAGGCUGAGGCUGGCCAAGUGUCUCUGCACAGCUUGAUAGAAACUCCCGCCAAGGGGACUGGGCCAAGUGAGGCCCUGGCCACAUUGCUGCAGGAGACUGUUGGAGACCUGGAGGCCACCCAGGCCCUGGUAUUGAAGAGGAUCCAGAUUUGGAAACGGCAGCAGCAGCUGGCGGGGAAUGGUGCACCGUUUGAUGAGAACCUGACCCAACUACAGGAGAGGUGUGAAAGCCUGGUGGACAUUUAUUUCCAGCUGCAGCAGGAGGUGGGGGCAGCUGGUGGGGAGCUUGAGCCCAAGACCCAGGCAGCACUGAUUAGCCGGCUGGAUGAAGUCCUGCAAACCCUCGUCAGAAGCUCUUUCCUGGUGGAGAAGCAGCCCCCCCAGGUUCUGAAAACUCAGACCAAGUUUCAGGCCGGAGUUCGAUUCCUGCUGGGCCCACGGUUCCUGGGGACCCCAGCCAAGUUUCCGCUGGUCAAGGCUGACAUGGUGACCGAGAAGCAGGCGAGGGAGCUGAGCAGCUCCCAGGGACCAGGGGCCGGAGUAGAAAGCACUGGGGAAAUCACCAACAACACUGUGCCCUUCGAAAACAUUGGUUCUGGGAACUGCUGCUCUGCCCUGUUCAAAAACCUGCUGCUGAAGAAAAUCAAGCGAUGUGAGCGGAAGGGCACCGAAUCCGUCACUGAGGAGAAGUGUGCUGUGCUCUUUUCUACCACCUUCAUGCUCGGCCCCAACAAACUCCCCAUCCAGCUCCAGGCUCUGUCUCUGCCCCUGGUGGUCAUCGUCCAUGGCAACCAAGACAACAAUGCCAAAGCCACCAUCCUCUGGGACAAUGCCUUCUCUGAGAUGGACCGUGUGCCCUUUGUGGUGGCUGAGCGGGUGCCUUGGGAGAAGAUGUGUGAAACUCUGAACCUCAAGUUCAUGGCUGAGGUGGGCACCAACCAGGGGCUACUCCCAGAACACUUCCUCUUCCUGGCCCAGAAGAUUUUCAACGACAACAGCCUCAGCAUAGAGGCCUUUCAGCACCGUUCUGUGUCCUGGUCACAGUUCAACAAGGAGAUCCUGCUGGGUCGUGGCUUCACCUUUUGGCAGUGGUUCGAUGGUGUCCUGGACCUCACCAAACGCUGUCUCAAGAGCUACUGGUCAGAUCGGCUGAUCAUCGGCUUCAUCAGCAAACAGUACGUCACCAACCUUCUUCUCAACGAACCUGAUGGAACGUUCCUCCUUCGCUUCAGUGACUCAGAGAUUGGAGGCAUUACCAUUGCCCACGUGAUCCGGGGCCAGGAUGGCUCCCCACAGAUAGAGAACAUCCAGCCAUUCUCCGCCAAAGACUUGUCCAUUCGCUCACUGGGGGACCGAAUCCGGGACCUUGCUCAGCUCAAAAACCUCUACCCCAAGAAACCCAAGGAUGAGGCUUUCCGGAGCCACUAUAAGCACGAACAGAUAGGUAAGGAUGGCAGGGGUUACGUCCCAGCUACCAUCAAGAUGACUGUGGAAAGGGACCAGCCGCUUUCCACCCCAGAGCCCCAGAUGCCUACCAUGGUGCCCUCUUACGAUCUUAGGAUGGCCCCUGACUCCAUGAACAUGCAGCUCAGCCCAGAUAUGGUGCCCCAGGUGUACCCGUCCCACUCUCACUCCAUCCCCUCAUAUCAAGCCCUCCCCCGGGAAGAAUCAGUCAAUGUGCUGCCAGCCUUCCAGGAACCUCACCUGCCGAUGUCCCCCAGUCUGAACCAGAUGAGCCUGCCCUUUGACCAACCUCACCCCCACAGGGGUCUGCUGCUGUGCCAGCCUCAGGAGCAUGCCAUAUCCAGCCCCGAGCCCCUGCUCUGCCCUGAUGUGACCAUGGAAGAGAGCUGCUUGAGCCAGCAAGUGGGAGGGUUCUCUCAAGGCACCUGGGUUGGCGAAGACAUGUUUCCACCUUUGCUGCCUCCCACUGAACAGGACCUCACUAAGCUUCUCCUGGAGGGGCAAGGGGAAUCAGGAGGAGGGUCCUUGGGAGCCCAGCCCCUCCCACAGGCCUCCCCCUAUGGGCAGUCUGUGAUCUCCAUGUCCCACCUGGACCUAAGGCCCAACCCCAGCUGGUAAUCCCAGCUGGAGGGUCAGCUCGGCAAGACAGCUUUUCUACCCCAAUGGACCUGCUCUGGACACUUGCCCAUGCUGCUGCCAAGCAGCAGUUGGGGAGGGCGUCCUGCUAUCCCCGCCUACUCCGUCGUGAAGAGGAAGACUUGACCGUGAGAAGGCACAGUGGGUGGAGCCUAUCCACUCCUUUCCUCCUGCCGCACACCCCUGCCCUCUUCCAAUACUGGAAGAGAAACUCGGGUUCCAAAGUGAGACACGCCCCAGCAUGCCUGAACGCGAAUACCCACACAGCUCUCCGGGAGAGAUGGCGGCUGAGAAGGAAGGGAGCUGGGCAAGAGCACAGGUUAGGGCAUGGAGGGCUUCUCCUCCCACUCCCAGUGCACGCAUGGAAGAAUGCAGACAUGUGCACACACUUGCACUAGAGGCUGGGUCCUAGCCCUGUGGGGGUGAGGAAGCAGCAGUUCAGGAGACCCUGGGUGGGAGGUGAGGGGCCUGUACAUUUGGUUACUGAUGUGGGUUUUACACAGAUUAAAAAACAAAUCCUGAACAGCUUCAAGAUUCCUGACAGUUAGGCGGAGGCUUUCAAUUGUGUAUCAUGGUCCAAAGUAUACCAGCUGAGUAGCUCGGUGUAUAGCUGUUAAAAUGUGUAUACCUGAAACAUGUUAGCAAUAGAUGUCACACACUAGUUGUAUAGCCACAUAAGAUAUUAUCUGAUUUUGCCCGUGACAAGUUUUGAAGUGUGAGGCACCACACAAAGAGACACUGGUGAGUGUCUUGGCCUCGGGUAUAUACUAACCCAGAUGUAUUCGGCUUUGAGUAUGACUGUCCUCAGGUAGGUCUAUGUGGCUGUGACACCUGCUCAUGGCUUAGCUUCUGUGGCUCAACACUGCCAACCCUGCCAGAGGCAGGAGUGAGAAUCCUGGGGCCAGGCCCAGGUGUGUGGUCCUUUCCUGUAUCAGGGACCCUCCCCACUGCUUUUCUGAAUCGCCGGUCACCAACAGUUUCCCUCCACCCUCA